CGAUCAUGGGACACAAACUUGAUUGAAUGCAACUUGGAUCAAGAACUGAAACUUUUUGUGUCUCGCCAUUCAGCUCGAUUCUCUCCCGAAGUUCGAGGUCAGAAGAUUCUUCACCACAGAAGCGAUGUCUUAGAAACUGUAGUCCUGAUCAAUCCCUCAGAUGAAGCAGUUAGUACUGAGGUGCGCUUAAUGAUCACAGAUGCUGCGAGACACAAACUCCUUGUACUAACCGGACAGUGCUUUGAAAACACAGGAGAACUGAUUCUUCAGUCAGGGUCCUUCUCCUUCCAGAACUUCAUUGAGAUCUUCACAGAUCAAGAGAUUGGUGAAUUAUUGAGUACUACACACCCUGCCAACAAAGCCAGCCUAACUCUUUUCUGUCCUGAGGAAGGGGACUGGAAAAAUUCCAACCUUGACAGACACAACCUUCAAGACUUUAUUAACAUUAAACUCAACUCAGCUUCCAUAUUGCCCGAAAUGGAAGGACUCUCUGAAUUCACAGAGUAUCUGUCAGAAUCAGUAGAAGUGCCAUCGCCCUUUGACAUUUUGGAACCUCCAACCUCUGGAGGCUUCUUGAAACUCUCCAAACCCUGCUGCUAUAUUUUCCCAGGGGGAAGAGGGGACUCUGCAUUGUUUGCAGUGAAUGGAUUCAACAUGCUUAUCAACGGAGGAUCCGAAAGAAAAUCUUGCUUUUGGAAACUUAUCCGGCACUUGGACAGAGUAGAUUCCAUUCUGCUCACUCACAUUGGAGAUGACAACCUGCCAGGAAUCAAUAGCAUGCUUCAGCGAAAGAUAGCCGAACUAGAAGAGGAACAGUCCCAAGGGUCUACUACCAACAGUGACUGGAUGAAAAAUCUGAUCUCACCUGAUUUAGGAGUUGUAUUCCUUAAUGUUCCGGAGAACCUGAAGAACCUGGAUCCUAGCUUUAGAGUAAAAAGGAGUGUAGAAGAAGCUUGUUUUACUCUCCAGUAUUUAAAUAAAUUGUCUAUGAAGCCAGAACCUCUUUUCAGAAAUGUGGGAAAUACCAUUGACCCCAUCAUUUUAUUUCAGAAAAUGGGAGUUGGCAAGCUUGAGAUGUAUGUGCUUAAUCCUGUCAAAAAUAGCAAAGAGAUGCAGUAUUUUAUGCAGCAGUGGAGUGGUACUAACAAAGAUAAAGCUGAAUUCCUGCUAUCAAAUGGCCAAGAACUAGACAUUCCAUUAUCCUACUUCACCUCUGUCUCAUCCCUGAUUGUGUGGCAUCCAGCUAAUCCUGCAGAAAAAAUAAUCCGAGUUCUGUUUCCUGGAAACAGCACCCAAUAUAAUAUUCUAGAGGGAUUAGAAAAACUCAAACACUUAGACUUCCUUAAACAACCAACGGUUACACAAAAAGACCUAGCUGGGAACAUUGCUAGUCCAGCUGUGAAACAAGCAAAGUUGAAACAACGAGCAGACAGCAAGGAGAGUCUCAAGCCUGCUGCAAAGACACCACCAAGCAAGCCGGUCAGAAAAGAAUCUAAAGAAGAAACACCAGAGCCUGUGAAGCCUAGUCCAGCACCAGAAAAGCCUCAGAAGAUAGAAAGCAAAGAAAAAGUUCCAGUUAAAAAAGAGAAGGCAGCAAAGGUGGAGACCAAAGCUGUAGUGGCAGAAAAAGACGUAACAAGUAAAGAAGAACAAUUAUUAAAAUCUGAAAGUCCUGAAAAACAAGGUACAGAUGUAAAACCAAAAGCAUCAAAGGAGAAGCUAGUGAAAAAGGAAGUCAAAGUAAAACCUGAAGAAAAGAAAGAGGACAAAGAAAAAACAAAGAAAGAGGUUUCUAAAAAAGAGGAGAAAACACCCAUCAAAAAAGAGGAAAAACCCAAAAAAGAAGAGAUCAAGAAAGAAGUUAAAAAAGAGGUGAAAAAGGAAGAGAAGAAGGAAACUAAGAAGGAAGUAAAGAAAGAAGCUCCACCAAAGGAAGCUAAAAAAGAAGCUAAAAAAGAAGAGAAGAAGGAAAUUAAGAAGGAAGAAAAAGAAGCCAAAAAGGACAUCAAAAAGGUUCCUAAAGAAACAAAGAAGACAGCUGCUCUUUCAAAUGAAGCCAAAAAGCCAGCAGCAAAGCCUAAACCACAAAAGAAGGAGGAACCUUCCAAAAAAGAAGCAGUAUCUGCUGGAAAGCCAAAGGAAAAAGGAAAAGUUAAGACUGUGAAGAAGGAGAUUAAAGUCAGUGGAGCACAAGCUGCCCUUGCAGCAGUUGGAGUUGCUGCCACAACUGUAGCAGCUGUAGCAGCUGCAGAAAUUUCAGCCAGUGGAAAGGAGCUUGAAGCAGAGAGGUCCCUUAUGUCUUCACCAGAGGACUUAACAAAAGAUUUUGAGGAAUUAAAAGCUGAAGAAGUAGAAACAAUAAAAGAAACAAAACCUGAAGUUGCACUUAUAGAGGAUGAACUGAAACUCACUGGCACAGUACAAAAAGAGGCCUUUGAAGUACAAAAAGAAAAAUUAGAUAAUGAAGGACCUGCUGAGUCCUCUGAUGAAGGCAUAACUACCACAGAGGCUGAGGGUGAGUGUGAACAGACACCCGAAGAACUAGAACCUGUGGAAAAGCACAGGGUUGAUGACAAUGAAAAGUUUGAAGAUGAAGGUACUGGCUUGGAAGAAUCAUCUGAAGCAGGAGAUUAUGAGGAAAAGGCAGAGACAGAAGAAGCUGAAGAACAAGGUGAAGAUGAAGAAGAAAAGACACCACUGGACACCACAAAACCAUAUAUGGACAAAGUAAGAAAAAUUGAAGAGAGCUCAGAAGAAAUAAUGGCUGAAGCAGAUGCUAACAUUAAAACUGAAAAGUAUAUUGAGAAGGGAGAUUAUGAGGCAUCAGAUGAACGGGCUGAGGAAGACAGGGAAGAAGCAAUAGAAAAGGCAGAAACUGAAGAGACUGAAGAAGAGGAGGAAGACAAAGCAGAAGACAUCAGAGAUGAAGAGGAAACUGAAAAAAUAGAAGCUGAAGAAGAUUAUGUGAUGGCUGUAGUAGACAAAGCUGCAGAAGCUGGUGAAGUUGAAGAUAAAUAUGGCCUACUUAUAAUUACACCAACUAAGCGCUCAGAGCCACAGUCUCCAGCAGUUGAACCAGCAUCCUCUAUCCAUGAUGAGACAUUACCUGGUGGUUCAGAAAGUGAAGCCACCGUUUCUGAUGAAGAAAACAGAGAAGAUCAACCAGAGGAAUUCACUGCUACUUCAGGUUACACGCAGUCUACCAUUGAAAUAUCCAGUGAACCAACUCCAAUGGAUGAAAUGUCAACACCCCGGGAUGUCAUGAGUGAUGAAACUAACAAUGAGGAAAGCGAGUCACCCUCUCAGGAGUAUGUGAACAUUACCAAGUAUGAGACAUCACUGUACUCUCAAGAAUUUGGCAGACCUAAGCUCUCUCCCCUUCCAGAUGCUUUUAAUGGAUUAUCUGAAGGAUCCAAAACAGAGGCCACAGAAGGUAAAGACUAUAAUGCCUCAGCUUCCACCAUCUCACCACCUUCUUCAUUAGAGGAAGACAAAUUCUGCAAAUCUGCAUUCCAAGAUGUAUACAAGAUGCAAAAAGAAAGUGAAAUCCAAGGCACUGCUAAAUUAGAAAUCAAAGAACCCUAUCAAGAAGAUGUUGGUGGAAAACAUAGUCCAACCAAGAGUCCAGAUGACAGUUUGUCCCCUCCAUCACCUGUUGCCAAAACACCACUGAGUGAACGUAGUGUGAACUUUUCGCUCACUCCCAAUGAGAUCAAGGUCUCAUCUGAGCCUGUCCCCAUUGCUACAUUGCCUGAUGUACGUCAAGAAGUUGCUGAAGAGCACUGUGCGAGCCCUGAAGAUAAAACGUUGGAAGUAGCAUCUCCUUCACAGUCUGCUGCUGGUAGUGCUGGCCACACACCUUAUUAUCAGUCUCCCACUGAUGAAAAGUCCAGUCAGCUUCCCUCUGAAACCAGUGAAAAGUCAACAGAAGCUCCUGUUAGCUUUGAAUUCAGUGAAGUCAAAGAUGAAUCUGCAAAAUCCAGAAUAAGCCCUAUGGAUGAGCCUGUGCCAGAUUCAGAAUAUCCUAUUGAAAAGGUUCUCUCGCCUCUACGGAGUCCACCACUGAUAGGUUCAGAGACUACUUAUGAUACAUUUUUAAGUGCUGAUUUAAAGUCUCCCACUGGAGAUUACCAAAGUCCUUCUGAGGGGAAACCGGAAAAAGAAAAAUCACCUGUUCAGAUGAGCCCAGCUUCUGAAGCCAGCUCUGUGGGCCUUUUCCAAGAUAAACAAGAUGAAAAAAGCAUGGAGUUUAUGGUAAUAAAGGAAAGCUUCAGCCUAGAAAGGAAAAUGGAGGAUACAGAACCCAGCAGCUCCCAGUCUUCACUGGUAUUGGAUGAGCGGAAGUUAGCAGGUGAUCUCUCACCUACUCAAAUCGAUAUCAGUCAGUUUGGUUCUUUAAAAGAAGAUACCAAAAUGUCAAUUUCUGAAGGCACUGUUUCUGACAAGUCUGCAACUCCUGUUGAUGAGGUUGUAGCAGAAGACACCUAUUCGCAUAUAGAAGGAGUAGCUUCUGUCUCUACAGCAUCUGUUGCUACUAGUUCAUUUCCAGAACCUACUACUGAUGAUGUAUCUCCUUCUUUGCAUGCUGAGGUUGGAUCUCCCCACUCUACUGAAGUUGACGAUUCCCUUUCAGUGUCAGUUGUACAAACACCAACAACUUUUCAGGAAACAGAAAUGUCUCCAUCUAAGGAAGAGUGUCCAAGGCCCAUGUCAAUUUCUCCACCAGAUUUCUCACCUAAAACUGCAAAAUCAAGAACGCCAGUGCACGAUCACAGAUCUGAGCUGUCAACUAUGUCAGUAGAAUUUGGUCAGGAGUCCCCUGAGCAGUCUUUAGCAAUGGACUUUAGUAGGCAAUCUCCAGAAUAUCCUACUGUAGGCACUACUAUACACCAUAUAUCUGAAAAUGGACCAACAGAAGUAGAUUAUAGCCCUUCAGAUAUACAGGAGCCUACUUUUGCACGGAAGAUUUCCCCUGUGGAGCAGUCAUCUUACUCUCAGGAGAAAGAUAUUUCAGAAAUUAUUUCAGUUUCUCAAAUUGAAGCUUCAUCCUCAACUUCAUCAGCUCAUACACCUUCCCAGGUAACAUCACCACUGCCAGAGGAAACUUUUUCAGGUGCUGUUCCACCCAGAGAUAUGUCACUAAAUUCUUCUUUUACCUCAGAAAAGGUGCACAGCCUAGGAGAAAAGCUGUCACCAAAAUCUGACCUAUCUCCAUUAACUCCAAGGGAAUCUUCUCCUUUGUACUCUCCUAGUUUUCCAGAUUCACCUCCUGCAGUCACAGAAGCGGUGUCAGCUAGUCACACACCUUCGUUGUCACUGCAAGUGUCCUCUGUCAAAGCAUUUGGUUACCGGGAACCCCUAACAAAGCACAGUCCAGAACCUUUACUCAGCCCAGAAAAAGACGAUUCAGAGAAAAGCAGCAGGUCACCAGAUGAACUUAGUUAUUCUUAUGAGGCCACAGAGAAAACUAGUAGGUCACCUGAGGCCACAGAUUAUUCCUAUGAGAUAACUGCAAAAAAUAUGAGGUCAUCUGAGGCCACAGAUUAUUCCUAUAAAAUGACUGGGAAAACCACCAGGUCACCUGAGGCCCCAGAUUAUUCCUACGAGACAACAGGGGUAGCCACUAGGUCACCUGGCGACACAGAUUAUUGCUAUGUGACAAGAGGGAAAACCACCAGAUCACCUGAGGCCAGAGAUUAUUCCUUUGAGAUAAUUGGGAAAACCACCAAAUCACCUGAAGCCACAGAUUAUUCCUAUGAGAGGAUUGAGAAAGCUACCACAUCACCUGAUACUAUGGAUUAUUCCUAUGAGACAACAGGGGAAACCACUAAACCACCAGAAGCUAUUAGCUACUGCUAUGAGACAACUGGGAGAACCAGCGGGUCACCAGAGGCCAUGGUGUACUCUUAUGAGAAAACUGGGAAAGCCUCCAGUUCACCUGAAGCCACAGAUUACUCAUAUGAGACAACUGGGAGAGCCACCAGGUCACCUGAAGCUACUAGCUAUUCCUAUGAAGCAAGUGCACAUUUCACUCCAGGAAAAUCAUUAGCUGAAUCCCGUCAAGAUGUUGACUUAUGCCUCGUGUCCUCUUGCGAAUAUAAACAUCCCAAAACAGAACUUUCACCCUCAUUUAUCAACCCCAACCCCCUUGAGUGGUUUGCAAGUGAAGAACAGUCUCAAGAUCAACAGAAGCCACUAACUCAAUCCGGGGGAGCCCAGCCACCUUCUGGGGGAAAGCAGCAAGGGCGGCAGUGUGAUGAAACCCCUCCCACAUCCGUGAGCGAGUCUGCCCCAUCUCAGACUGAUUCGGAUGUUCCCCCUGAGACUGAGGAAUGUCCUUCCAUCACUGCAGAUGCUAACAUUGACUCGGAGGAUGAGUCAGAAACCAUUCCAACGGACAAGACAAUUACAUACAAACACAUUGACCCGCCACCUGUCCCAAUGCAGGAUCGCAGCCCUUCCCCUAGGCACCCUGAUGUUUCCAUGGUUGAUCCAGAGGCUCUGCCUGUUGAUCAGAAUUUGGGUAAACCUUUGAAGAAGGACCUCAAAGAAAAGACAAAGACAAAAAAGCAGGGUACUAAGACCAAGUCGUCUUCUCCUGUUAAAAAAAGUGAUGGUAAAUCAAAACAAGUGGCUUCACCAAAGCCAGCUAUAAAAGAAUCUUUAGACAAAAUUUCCAAAACAGCUUCUCCAAAAAAGAAAGAAUCUGUGGAGAAGGCAACCAAAAAUAUCUCUAAUCCAGAAGUAAAGUCUCGAGUGGAAGAGAAAGAUAAGGACACCAAGAAUGCAGCAAAUACAACAACUUCCAAGUCUGUGAAGACUGCAACCACAGGACCUGGGAAUACUAAGGUGGCAAAAUCUACAGCAGUGCCUCCAGGACCUCCAGUGUAUUUGGAUCUGGUGUAUAUUCCCAACCACAGCAAUAGCAAGAACGUUGAUGUUGAGUUUUUCAAGAGGGUGCGGUCAUCCUACUACGUGGUGAGCGGGAAUGAUUCUGCAGCCGAGGAGCCAAGCAGGGCUGUUCUGGACUCCCUGCUGGAGGGCAAGGCACAAUGGGAGAGUAACAUGCAGGUGACCUUAAUCCCAACCCAUGACUCAGAAGUGAUGAGGGAAUGGUACCAAGAGACCCAUGAGAAACAGCAGGACCUCAACAUCAUGGUUUUGGCAAGCAGCAGCACUGUUGUUAUGCAAGAUGAAUCCUUUCCCGCAUGCAAGAUUGAACUGUAAGAACAAGACCAUGCACCCCAAGAUUAAACUUUGUUUCCAGAAAUUCUUCAGUUUGAAAACACCUUUUCUAAAAAUUCAACCCAUCUAUUUCAACUGCUGAACUAUAUACCUGCCAAAUGCUGUACUGUGUCAUGGUGAUGCAAGUCACUAAUAUUUUUCAGUCUUUGCUGAUUGCUAAGGGAAAUAACAGUAUUCCCAUAGUAGGGUUCAAUUUACUGCAAAAAUACAGAUCUAGUUUCAUCUCUGCUGAAUGUUUGGAAACCAUGCACUAGCAGCCCUAACUGACUUCUGCCAGGUAGAGGCAUUUGCCCUCUACCUGGGAAAAACAAAGUGAGAGAAAGAGAGAGAGGGAUAGGAGGAGAAAGUGAUAAAUAAUUAGAUCUGCAUUAGUCUCAUGGCAAUAGAUGUGUCGCUUACUGCAGUCUGCUUAUGCUCUCACAUGAACGUAAAGUUUUAAAAUUGUGUCAAUCUGAGCUAUCGCAAAGGGGAUACUUUUUAUACAUAAUUAAGGUAGCCAGAAAACAAAAAGAAAC